CUGACCUGUUGGUUGCUGCAACCACGUAUACAAUACAUUACAAAAUAAAGGCAAUGCUCUCCCUCUUUUAUUUUCUCUCUCUUUCUCAACCUUUAACACCAUUUUCAGUACUUCCCCAUUAACACUAAAGCUUCCUGUUUACUUUUAUCUCACUUCAGAGACAACCCUUUUUUUUUUUCCUUUCUUUCUUUUGUUAUCAAAGAUUCAAACUUUGUGUGUUUUUUUCUCUAUUCUGGCUCUCCCAACAAUGGAAGCUUUUAGCUUGCUUAAGUAUUGGAGAGGGGGUGGUGGUGGUAGUAAUGGUUGUGUUAAUGCACGUUCUGCAGCCACAGCCGGCGGCACGACUACGAUUGUGACGGCGGUGAGUACUCGUCAGGUGGUGGAUACGGAUGAUGAUGACGACGAUGAUGGCCCUUUCUUUGACUUGGAGUUUGCGGUUCCUGAUGAGGACGAAACAGAGGGGAAUGAAGAGAAGAAGGAAGAAGAUGAAGAUGGUAAUAUUGAAGGUGAUGAAAGUGAGGAACAAAGUGAUGGUGACGAUGCAAAAUCUGAUGAUGGAAGCUCUGAUGGUGAUGAUAGAGAGUUCAAUUUUACACUCUCCUCUGGUUCAAGCAGCGACCCUUGUGAUCCAAACUUAACUCUAUCUCCUUCAGAUGAUUUGUUCUUUAAAGGAAGGCUGGUACCCAUUGAAGCAAACUCUUGUUUGGAAUCGAAGCCUCCUCAAUUCCCAGUUUCAUUGUUGAAAUCGGCCACCAAGUUUCGAGUUUUCUUGUUAAGGUUCAAGAAAUCGAAGCUCAACUCAACUGAAAAAACAGAGUCGGGUUCAGCUAAUGGACCUGUUUCAGUCCCCACGACUACAAAAAAACAAGAAACAACCCAAGAAGAAAACAACAACAAGAACAAGCUUUUCACAGUGAAAUUUAAGGUUGAAGAGGUUCCUAUAAUGUCUUUGUUCUCCAGAGACAACAGCAAGUCGCAGAAACAGCAGAGUUCUGAAGACUCUGUUUCCGAUGAAAAGAAAUUCACCAAAGACGUCAUGCAAAAGUACUUGAAGAAAGUUAAGCCGCUUUACGUUCGGGUUUCACGAAGGUACGGCGAGAAGUUGAAGUUUUCAGGGCAGUUGAGCUUGGGUUCUUUGAAACCUGCUGCAACACCACCGUCCACGGCUGCUCAGAAACCGGCUUCCGGUAAGGCAACGACGGUGGAGAAGGGACAGGUGGAGGCAGAGGGUGGGAAGAACCUCAAGCAGGUGAACAUUCCGGCUGGACUUAGGGUGGUUUGCAAGCAUUUGGGAAAGAGUAGAUCGGCUUCCUCCGCCGUGGCGGCUUCCCCUCCGGCGCCAACUUUGUCUAAGAGGAGAGAUGAUUCUCUAUUGCAACAGCAAGAUGGAAUCCAAAGCGCCAUCCUACAUUGCAAGAGAUCCUUCAAUGGCUGUCAAGAUUCUUCAGAGUCUUCUGUUUUGCCAAGGUCUGUAAGUGACCCAUCCCAUGAAAAAUCAAUUAAUUUGUCAAGAAACUCAUCACCAGAUGAAGCCAAAGCAUGAACACUGGGAAGAGAGAAAAAAGCGGGAAAAAUUUGUCCUUCAUUAAUGAAUGGAUCGAUUAUCUCUGUAAAUAUUUGUUUUUUUUUUAAUCCUUUUACUAAUUAGCCAUAGGCAUAAGCUAGUCAUCGUUGUUCUCUAGUCUAUUAUCCCCUACUGUAUGUAAAGCUCCUCUUUCUGUGAAAGUGAAAGUAAGAAUCAGAUCUUUGUAUGA